AAAAAAAAAAAAAAAAAAAGAAAAGAAAAAAAAUCUUGAUUAUUUUCCCCCUGCGUUUCUUCUCUCCGCCUGUUCCGCGCUGCGGAGCUGCAGUGAUGUCAGCCUGCCUGGGUCAUUUGAAGGUCAGCAGCCUCGGAAGGGUUCAUACAAAGUUCACUCGCAUAUAUUAGGCAAUUCAAUCUUUCAUUCUCUGUGGCAAAACUAGUUGGAAAUGAGCUGCACGGGGGGACGGAUAACCCAUUCGUCAUCGCAGAGGAAAAGGUGUGCUUUUAAACGCCGUCCGUGUUAUUUUUGAUAUUAGAAAAGAAAGAUCCUCCAGUUCGGGCGGGCUUCAGCGCCGUUUUCACCGCUGUCGGCAACCGGGACGGUGCGAUUCAGUGAAAACUCGUCCGAAUAUUAUUGUUAUUAUUAUGGAGGAGUCCCGUUCGGACGUCCCCGGCAGCGCGCACACUGGACUCUGUGUGAGAAAAUGGUAAAUGAGCAUUUAGAAGAAGCCGCGGAGCGUUUUGGUCCGAAAUAAUUCAUCAUCCCGGUGCGGGACGAAGGAGAAGAAGAGAAGCGAAAUCUACCGUGCCAAGAAGAAUAAGAGGGAGAAGAAGAAGAGGAGGAGGAGGAGAAGGAGGAGGAGGGGGAAGCAGAGGAGUUUGAUGGAGUUGCGUGCGCUUAUGCCGGCGAUUUUUAUCCAUAACGCACAAGAGUAGUUGAACGAAGCGCCGUCAUCAUGUUUGACUGCAUGGACGUGCUGGCCGUGAGUCCCGGGCAGAUGCUGGAUUUCUACACGUCCAGUCCGUCCUCCUGCAUGCUGCAGGAGAAAGCUCUGAAAGCCUGCAUCAGCGGACUGGCGCACAGAGAGUGGCAGCACCGCCGGAGCGCACACUCCAUUGAAACGCAGAGCACCAGUUCUGAGGAGCUCGUCCCCAGCCCGCCAUCCCCGCCGCCCCCUCCCCGGGUCUACAAGCCCUGCUUUGUCUGCCAGGACAAGUCCUCUGGAUACCACUAUGGUGUCAGUGCAUGUGAGGGCUGCAAGGGUUUUUUCCGUCGAAGCAUCCAGAAGAAUAUGGUGUACACGUGUCAUCGGGACAAGAACUGCAUUAUCAACAAGGUGACGAGGAACCGCUGUCAGUACUGCCGCCUGCAGAAGUGCUUCGGAGUGGGGAUGUCCAAAGAGUCUGUUCGAAAUGACCGGAAUAAGAAGAAGAAGGAGAGCCCAAAGCCAGAGCUGGCAGAGAGCUACGAGCUGACAGCCGAGCUGGAGACCAUCAUUGAAAAGAUUCGUAAGGCCCAUCAAGAAACCUUCCCCUCCCUCUGCCAGCUUGGCAAAUACACCACGAACUCGAGUGCAGACCACCGUGUGAGGCUGGACCUGGGCCUGUGGGACAAGUUCAGUGAGCUGGCCACUAAGUGCAUUAUCAAGAUCGUGGAGUUUGCCAAAAGAGUGCCUGGCUUCACGGGGCUGACCAUCGCGGACCAGAUCACGCUCCUGAAAGCUGCCUGCCUGGACAUUCUGAUCCUGCGCAUCUGUACGAGGUACACCCCCGACCAGGACACCAUGACUUUUUCAGACGGGCUGACUCUCAACCGGACGCAGAUGCACAACGCUGGCUUCGGCCCGCUCACCGACUUGGUGUUCACUUUUGCCAACCAGCUGCUGCCCAUCGAGAUGGACGACACGGAGACAGGCCUCCUCAGCGCCAUCUGUCUCAUCUCGGGAGACCGUCAGGACCUGGAGGAGCCCUCUAAGGUGGACCAGCUUCAGGAGCCACUGCUGGAAGCUCUGAAGAUCUAUGUGAGGAAGCGGCGACCCAGCAAACCACACAUGUUCCCCAAAACCCUGAUGAAGAUCACAGAUCUGCGAAGCAUCAGUGCUAAAGGAGCAGAGCGGGUCAUCUCCCUGAAGAUGGAGAUUCCUGGUUCCAUGCCGCCACUCAUCCAGGAGAUGCUGGAGAAUUCAGAGGGCCAAGACGGCCAGAGCAGCAGCAGCAGCAGCAGCAGCAGCAGCAGCAGCAGCAGCAAAAGCAGCAGCAGCAAAAGCAGCAACAGCAAAAGCAGCAGCAGCAGCAGCAGCAGCAGCAGCAGCAGCACUUCAGCCGAGGCGGGGGCCAGUCCCAGCAGCAAGGGCAGCCCCAGCGAGGAUGCCACCGCUCUGGAGUCACCGGAGUCCUUGGACACCGAGGGGGCAACGGCCACACCACCCAGCGACGAGCCCUAGGAGGGGCCCGCGGGUACCUCUGAAACUCUCUCUGACAUUCCUUUGCACAAAAAAGAACAGCCUGGCAAGGCGCCAACCCCCUAUAACCCCCCUACCCCAACUCCUUCGCUUGGUAUUACGUUAUCUUUAUAUCCUCGUCCUAGUUUUCUCUCCAGAUUCCCUAAAUUCACUCCUUAAAAAGAAAACGUCAACACGGAGGCCUCAAAGGAUCAGUGCUUUGUGUAUAAUUCUGAAUUGAGCUCUAAUUUGGCGUGGUGUCUCUGGGACUGGGACUGUGACAGGAAGGGCAUGGCCCACGCAAACCGCCAGAGAUGAUACUCCUCAGGUCUCCUGUGUAAAUUCUGCAUGAUGGGAGUUUGAUAAGUGGUUUCUCUCUCUUUCUCUUUUUCUCUGUCAUCUCUUUCCAUCUCUCGUAUUGUUGGCAUACAUACAUUGUACAUACCAUUGUAUGGUUAGGUCUCUGUUUCUAUGAUGAAUUUUGUGGUGCUUUUUUCAUUGUCUUAAAUAUUAUCUUUGAGGCGAUGCAUCAAGGUUUAAAGCCGGACUAAUUCUAAGUCCGUCAAAAAGUUAUCUAGAAUGUUAUUGCAUAUAGACAUUAUGGAAGUCUAAUAUUUUAUAUUUGUUCCUAUAUUUAAAACUGUCUUUGUCUUUUAUAACACUUAUUGGUUCAUGUCUCUACAUGAAUGAGUGUGCAUCCACACCGCCAGAAUGCAAAGCUUCUCUCCAUAUCGACAGCCGAGUCUGUUCAACUGUUUCCUCAAAGGAGGGAAGCACAACAGCAGAAGCCUUCGAUACACACUCAUCAGACUGACAGCGUCUGUUCCACUUUCCAGUCUUAACAUGAACCGCCGAGACCUGACGUAGCAGAUUAGAUUUACAGUAAACCAGUCUAUGAAAUGAGCUCAUUUGGUGGAUGUAUGUCCUCAGUAAAUCAGUUUACCUCACUGUCCAAACAGAUCGGGGAAAUUAGGUUGCUGAUAGAUGCCAGAGAUUUUUCUGCAGCAGGCUGUGAUCACAUAGACCCCUCUCUCUGUUACCUUAUACUUCCCCAUGAUUCAGGUUUAACCCUGUCGCACUUUAUUAUUAAUAACGUGUUCAGUUAAAAGUUUAACAAUUUUGUUUCCUCUUUAAAGAAAUGCUCUUUAAAGUAUCAAGUCAAUUUGCACUGGUGUCUAUUGAUUCACUGAUAUCAGGAAAAUGUAAUUAGUCUAUUUGCUCUUUAUUAAUCUAAUUUCCACCAACAUGAUUUCCUUGUUCGGUAGAAAAAAUACAAAAAAAUGUCUCAUAGCCAGGAACUUAGAGAAUACAGAUGCUGGCACAACAUCAAAGAAAGCUAAAAAUAAAUCCCUGAAAUGGAUGUCAUGUAUCUGUGUUUCCAGACUUGCUGGUUAGCUUUCUGCUGUAGAAUGCAGAGACAGUUCUGGUGUAGUUUUAACUCACUCUGUGUAAUUUUUGCUGAACAGUUGCCUAAGAAAUAAAGAUGGUAGCUUUCUAAAACAUAAUAUGACAGUAGCACCAAUAUAUGAAAAUUUGGCAACUUUCCACUGCAGGAACUUGAGGCAGACACAAGGUGGUGUAAGCAGCCCUGUAAUUGUUUCUUUCAGCUUUUCUUUUUUCAUUAUGUGCAGGAUUGUUAUGUUAGACUCUACGGUGAAUUCUACUUGGUGAUUGUGAUUUUUUAGAGGAGAAUACUGCUGCUCUGAGUUAACCAGUCAGCAUCUUUCUUCUCCAACAUCUCCGAUCAGGGUUGACACCCAGACAGCAGUAUUUCAGGGCUGCUCAGAAAUAGCUACGCAUGGGCUGGUACUUUUUUCUCUUUUUUCUCCGAGUUCAAUUCCUGCAGUCAGAACCGCAAAAGGUUCAGGUAGCCCUAAAGCUACCUGCAAAUUCCUGCAAUGAAAACCAGUCUAAUGUUUGCCACAUUAUGGAUACACCUACUUGCAGUUUCACCAUCAAAUAAAGCAGUAGCUAAUUUCAUUAAAGUGUUAGCUUACUCACAACUUAUCUGAUGGUCUGACCAGUCAAAUUUACAAAAAUAAGACUCACAUUUUGUGAAACUGUAGGGUUUGUUUAUUGUUGCUGUUGAGAAUGUUUAUUGUUUGAGAUUGAAGACAAGCAACUUCUUUCUAUUAAAGUUGUUUAUUCUGCAAUGCAAGAUUAGCUUGAUAUCAAGGACUGUUCAGAGAACUACUGUCAACAAAGUGUUCAUCUGUAGACAUCUUCCCAGGAAUGGAUGAAGUUCACUGUACACAGAGUCUUUUUAUGAAAUGUGCUACAAUCUUAUUGGUUAAAAACUGUUGGCUAGGAGUCAUGGUUUAGACUUAGCCCUCUGUUGUUGGUGCACAGGCAUGCCCUCAGCCUUUUGGCAUGGGAUUCCUCCAAUCAGCUGCCGCCAUGUCCUGAGGAAGAGACCCUCCCUAAGUGAUUCACAAGUCUCUAUCUGUAUUGUUCCCUUCACUUGUGCCAUUAGAAUUCUUGCUUUCUUCGUUGGCUAGCAGUGCUAAGGUUUGUGUCUGACUCUCCAUUGUGAUCACAGCCUUCAGCAGCUUUGACUUUUAAAAAAUGAAUGCCUGAAUGUCCGCCUAAUGAGUGUGUAUCUACCGCUAACAGCAUGUACUACCAACCGCACAUGGGCUCUGUUAUGGCCUUACGAGAUGAGCUCCUCAACCCGCUUUUCUCUCCCUUUUCAGAAGUGUCUUGUUUCAACCGGUGAAACACGGGGGCAAUGCAAUCCUUAAAACACACUGAUGACCGAGCCGCGUGGGUCGGGACGAUUGUACACUAAUGUAGAAAGCACACGUUGGGGUAGGAUCCACGAAUCCACUCCAAACGUUCGCCUUGCUCUUCAGACUUGACAGUGUAAGCUACAUUUAACGAUGCAAAAGGAGAUUCCACAUGACCUUUUACCCCCUCUGAGAAGUGCAGUCGAGUAAAGCUUCUCUUUGGACAGUCGAUCCAACUGAGCUCUUAAUCUCAUUGGCAGGGAAGUGGAUGGUGUGUCUUACAUCCGAUGAGCUGGUCCCGCUGAAAUUAAAAGAUGAUCCUGGAAAGCUGCUUUUCUCCACAGCCGAGGUCACAUAUGAUAGUGAACAAUAAGAAAUAAACUCUCUUAUAUCCUCUUGUAGGACCCAGAUCCCUCACUACCCCACUGUCCCUGCUGGCCGAAUAAUAACUCCAUUCACUGUAAUAUUAAGUGUCUGUUCACUGACGGCACAGGGACAAACUAACUGUAGCACUUAAACCUGCUGAACCUUUGAAAGGUGGCUGUAGUACUGAAACAGAACAAUAUGAAGGCUAACAGCCAAGACCGAGACCAAGUUCAACUAUAAACUCAUUAAGCACAAAAGUUAUAGAUCACAGAAAACACUGAUAUUAAACAGCUUUGGAAUGACUUUCACUCCCCUUAUACAAAGUAAAUGCAGUAAGGAGUAGACAUCUCAGUUUCAGUUUUGGCACGAAAUGAGACUUUUUAGCAGAUAUUUGUGCCAGCAGGUGUUGACUUUUGUAAAUGUGAUUGUGUUUUUAUUUCAAACUGUGGAUUGAGUUUUGAAUUUGACCCAAAUUAAAUUGCGCUACAGUUCUUAAACUGAAAUUCAGACAGUGGUUGCUCAAAGGACUGAUAUGUGUCAAGCUUUUCAAACAGUCAAAUGGUUGAAUCUGUUCUCUUUUGUGUCCAACUUGGAAUUUUGCAGAACAAAAUUCUUUAGUUGAAAUGAUUGUUAAAAAACAUUUCGUCUAUCUUAUUGGAUCUUAUCUAAUUGUGUAGGGCUCGACAGUUGCUUGGACAACAAAACAGUCUCUCUCAAGGUGCACUUGCUCACAUUUUCUUCAUCUAGCAAAUAGAAUUUGUUUAGGUGACAUGAAACCUUUUAUGAGAUAGCUGAAAGCAAUAAUUUAUCAUUUCUUGCUGAUAGUAAAAUGAGAGAAUUCAUUUCUCACUGGCUGUGCACUAACGAAACUAGAGCCCCGAGUUUAAUAACAUUCCUCAGCAUAAAGAUUUAAUUUAGCAGACUACACAUUUAAACCUCAUUGGUUUCUUUAAUCUGUAGUUUUUGACAAAGUUACUUGUGGAACGGUUUCUUGGUAGCCAGUAACAAGACCCCUCAAUGUUGCUAUUGAUCACCAAGAAACCUAUAAAUCACACGACACUGCUGUAAAUCUGUCCCUUUAAAGGUUAAGCAUGACCAUUCAUUUUUGAGUUGAAAAAAACUUACUAACCCUAACCCCUUUUUGGUUCUCAUGAAAUUUGAAAUCACUCCUCAUUGCACAACAUUUACACUGGCAUUUUGUGUCCAAAGUGUGCAGAUUCUGAACUUUUUAGUUAUGCUUUAUGCAAAGAAUUUCACCAAACAUUGCAUCCACGGCACGUAUUUUCUGGCAAGACUCACAUUCGAUAGAUGUAGAUCGACCAAAAGUUCCAAAAUCUCAUUCACUGUUUACUGUCGUCAUGUCUGUUGUAUCCGGAGUAGAGGAUGAAGGAGUGGUUUCAGACACACGUUGGUUCAACUGUGACAGAACUGUGGGCGCCUCACUGUUGACAUCUUCUCAUACACAUCAUCCUAAACAACUCGAACCGGCCAGGCGACCCUUUAGGGCAGUGACGGGUUCUGGGUCCCAGCGGCACAAAGUAAAAAAGAACAUCUGCAUUCCAUCCCUGCUAGGAAAUACAUAUCAUAAGGGAAACCAGAGCUGUUUCAGUUUUUUUUUGUUUUGUUUUGUUUUAGCGUGUUUGAAUGUGAAUAAUAUCAUGGACUCUGUCAGAAGAAUGAUAUGCAGUGUUAAGGAAUACUUACUUCUAUCUCAAUGUAACAAAGGAAAUUCUCUCCCUUGGUUUUCUCUCUGUCUUGCUCUCCUGGUGAGAGAUGAAGGGAGAUGUUUUGGUGUUUUCCUUUCUUUCUUUAUUUUUCUUUCUUUCUUUCCUUUUUGUUUUUUUUUUUUGAAGCUGGAAAACCUUCACAGCCGAAGAAUGUCCACAUCCAUCUCUGCAGCGUCAGGCCAGCCUUUGGGCACCUGGAUGCAGCAGGGACUGUUAUCUGUUCCUUUAGGAAACAAUUUCACAAUGCUGAAUUACUCUUGUUCGUUUCUGUUGAAUGUUGUACCGACGUAACUGUAAUACUCUACUAUCUAGCUCACUGCAGAGAUUAUAUAAAUGGCGUGUGCUUUGCAUUCCAAUUGGCAGCUCUGUGGAAAAGACGCUCUGUUAUUUGUCCUUGGUAACAUCAACUCACAUCCAGAAAAAAAAAAAAAAAAAGAAGAAAAAUAGAGGAGGAACUGGAACAUGGUGCGCUGGUUUGGACAUCCAGGUCACACACAACACAUAAUGUCAUUUAGGACAACAGGAAAGAGAAGCCCAGGAAUGUAAGAAAUGGACGACCAAGUCACCUCAGCAUUAGAUAUCAUUGGUAUGUUCUGUUACUGUUCAUGUCAAACAGCAGAGCUGCUGCCCCUCCUCCUCAGCCAGGAAGCCAAUCAGCUGUCGUCAAUCAAUCAAACCCAAUCAAUUGACAGCUAUUUGGUGAACAGGCCAGCUAAUGAACGUGGGUUUGACCGAUAUGUGGUUUUGAAAACUAACGGACAAUAAAUGAAUCAGCUGCAGUCAAUAUUAUGUGCCAAUAUUCAGUCCAAGGUAAAGUAGAUCUUCAGAUCCUCAGCUGGGAAUUUAAAGCUGCACUAAACAAUAAUCUGUGUUUUAGCCUCUUUUAGAGCAGUGCUUUGGUUUUACUGCCCGAAAUAUUGAGUUUUGGUUUGUUCACGGCCAUAAAUUGAACCAAAGUGAAGCCAAGAGUGCAGAAGGAAUAUUGGUUUUAAUAUUCAUAACUAUAUCAACUUGAUAUGCCACAAAUUUGUUGACAACUUGUAGUUUUUUCUGACUCAAAUUUAAGAAGUAGCAGAUUUGAAACUGUUACUCUAUUGUGUCACAGUGAUGUCAUUACAUUCAGAAAAAGAGAAAAACAUGAGGGGUGUAAAGGCCCCACAUCAGCCCCACAUAUCGGUCCGACACCAGAUGAAGCAGCUGAACCAGGAGCCAGAGCUCAUGACUGUGAACCUCAGUAUCAAUCAUUACCAGUAGCUCUGUUGUCGUCUGUCCUGAAGGUGUUCUUGGUAAACAUCGGUGUCCACAGUCGCCUUUUCCCAUCAGUAUCAGAGAACCUCACCACUGAUCAUAUGCAGUGUUGUAUAGUCGUGUUAAUAUGAGACAUGAAGCUCACAUCUUAUUGGACAUGAGGGGAGGGAAGGGGAGGUGUGGGGGCUGUUCCCAUCAGCCCCUGCUUCCGGCCUGUAGGGUGAAGUCGACCUCUGGAGCUGCUCCAAGGUUUGAGCUUCGAUCUGUUUCUGCGCUCCAUUUUAAAUAUUGUCUUUGUUUGUACAUUAACAUAUGCUUUUUAUGUUCAUAUACUGUUUAACUUUACCAUGAACUGUCCUGGCAAAGUAAUAAAAUAUAUUUAUUUUAA